UCGUAAAAGAGCAAUGAUAGCCAAAAUCUUAUACAAUGUGCCAAAUACAAGUACAGAUUAGUGUUUUAUUCUUAGUCCUAAAUAAGAGGGAAAAAAACUUAAAGUAUUUAUAUAUGGCCUUAUAGUUUACAUUUAAACUAGUUACUUAUCAACAUUUGAAUAUCCUCUUCGAUGCCGUCAUAUAAGGAAAUAUAAAAACAUCUCUCUGAAUUAACGGAUGUUUAAGAAUAAAAAGAAUUGCGAAAACAAAUGGAUUUAAAAAGAAAUAUGUUGGAUUUAAUAAUUGCCAUAUCUAUGGUUUUGCAUGCAACAGAAGCUAUACAUUCAGAAAUAGAAGAACUGAUAGAAUAUAACAAACUUCAACAACAGAUUUAUGGCACAACAACCGAUCCCUUACUGUACGGGACAGAGACAUUUCAGCCAGGAGGCCAGUCCGGGAGAUCUGAUUCCCCGACCGGAAGUGUGUGUAAAUACAUGGGAGACUGUGGUGGUCCAGCAAGUGAGCCCUGUCCCUCAGGUUCGGCAUGUAGGAUCAAGGUCGGUUGGUGUUGUAAAACAAACUCUUCGGCAGGUACGGAAUCAAGUCAGCCAAACCCAAGUCAGCAAAAGUCAAAAAGCACAAAAUUAAACAAACAGAAAGGGAUAACUCCGGAAACACAAAGUAAGCAAAGAGGCAAACCUGGUAGAAAAACAAAUGUGCAGCCAAGAACAAAUCCGACACCAGGAACUACACCAAAAAGGACAAAGGACGUAAAAUCAAGCAAACAGACAGAUGCAAAAAAUCUACGAAUCAAAUGUAAUGGGACACCAGUUGGGAAAUGCGGUACACCGACAAACCGAACUUGUCCUGCCAACAGUAAAUGUUCCUUUGUCAAUCCCAAGACCGGUGCUGGAAUCUGUUGCAGGACAAAACCACGAGAAAAUUCAGGUUCAGUUCCUUUUAAAGUAUCAGGAAGAUGCCCUAACGGUCAGGAUGGUGUAUGUGGGACACGUUUCCGGUUUAAAUGUAGAAGUGGGACAACCUGUGGCUUCAUGCAAAAAGAAAAUACAGAGUCCAGUGGUAAAUGUUGUAUCGACGACCCUAGAGAAGCGUUUUGUCCGUCUGGAGAUGUUCAGAGGGCAUGCUCAUCAUAUGAACCAUGUGAAAGAGGGUAUACUUGCAGAUACGGCUUUUGUUGUCGGGAAGACACAUGUCCGGAAAACUGGAUUAAUGGAGGCAACUGUAAGAUGAUUUUAGGAGCACCGAAAUGUCCGAACGGAUACAAAUGCAUAAAUGGCUUUUGUUGUCGUAUUCCGGAAGUACUAUGCCCUUCAGGCAUUUUGGAUUCAACAUGCUCCUUGAAAAAGCCUUGCAAACCCGGAUAUAUGUGCCGAUUUGGUAAUUGUUGCCGGAAUUAAGGACAUCCCGUCUAACGAGUUUCUGUGCUAUGGUGCCAAAUCAUCUGAAAUAUAGUCAAGAAUGUAUAGAAAGAUUUGUGAAAAAUAUUUGUUCUUCUCGAUGGAAUGAUUCUCAUAUUUAUUUGAGCUAGAAACUCUCUAUUAUUUAAUAUUUCUGCAAAAAUGACGCAGGUACAACAUCAAAGAAAAUAUCAACAUAAAUAGUAAAAUAGAUUUUGGAUACCUGAAAUGACGCGUAAUGAUUUAAAACACAAUCAAGAUGUUCUUAUUUCACACACCGGACAAUUGUUAAUAUAUGUAUGUAAUGUCUUCCAAAAACGGCUGUGUUAAAGUGUUUUUUUUAGAUUCUGAAAACUUCUUAAAGAAUGUAUCUUGUGUUCAAACGUUUAUAUAUAAUAAAUGAAAAUGAAAUAACCGUACAAAUGAAACAAGAAAAACCCUCACAUGACAUCACAUGACACACUUUUAAGUGCAAAAAUAUUGCACUAGACAUGGGUUACAGUUUGUUGUCAAGUACUUAAUAAAAACAAACUUCGGAUGUAUAUAACUACCAAAAAGAACACUUAAUCAUAGAUAAUUUGUAAUUUUAUAUAAUUGAAAUAUCUGCCACCGAAUGAACGUUUAAUGCUGUGAAUUUCCUGCCAAAUCUUUAUUCCAUCUUUUCUCCAUUUUAUCUGUUCGACGUCAUGUACAAUGGUCACAUACAUUUUCAUGGCUUCACUAUGUUUGUAUUGAAGAAAAACUCCAGCUGUAAGACAUUUCUAAAUACAUUGUAAUAAUUAUAUUAUCUGAUUUUUUAUUCAUGUUUAUCAAUCGCCUUCUUUUUUAAUGGUCCAUAUUCUUACUUACACUCACUAGUUGACACUAGUGUUUCAAAAAUCUGUAUCAGUAGUAUAUAACAUGAAA